AGACGCUAGCUGUACUGAUUUAAAACGAUAAACCGGAACUUUGUAACUCGUUCCUGAUACUUAAAAUCAUCUCGUCCCCUUUCCGACAAAGCUUCUAUUCCCAUCUUGAGUUUGGCCACAAGAUGGCAAUAGCUUGCAGUCAAAAUGCUGAAACAGCCAGACAGAUUUGAAACUGUCUUGCUUCCUGAGCUUUUCUACGCGCUCUCCCCGCUCCUUUUUGUUUCAAUAUUUAAUUGCAUUUGUUUCGGAAUUACUAGGCAACCCACCCCCAGAUGUGGAAUUUAAAUGUGAUGUGGUUGCAGUGAGAUUUUCAGGACCUGCUCAGCAGAACACCAUCAUGUGAUAAUGGGAUAAGGUGGAGUUCAGCUUUAAGGGGAAGUCUCCAUCCUUUUCAUCAAUCUUUAGGAUCUCCAGCUGGAGGAAAUCAGAAGAUCCAUCCCCUUUCCCUAAUCCUUCUUCUCCAUCUAGCCUCCUGAGCCAGCCCCUGAACAGAUCAAGACGGGCAGAGCAGUUGCAAGUGGCGCGAAGGGGCCGGGAAGGGGUCGCGUCCCCCGCUUGCAGGUCUGCGUUCCGAUCCUGCCUUCUGCCUUCCUUCCCCGGACCGCAGCCCCGCUGCCGCCUCAGAUCAGACGCCGCCACCGACGUCGUCCGGCGGUGCUUUCCCUGGCCGCAGGGCUGUGCGAGGGAGAUGUGCCACCGGACUCUGCCAAGAACCAGGUGACGGGCCGAGGGGCGCGUCUGGAGCUCCAGGAGUGGCCUGGAUGACAGCGGCGGCCGUGAACGUCCUGCCCGCGGCUGGAAACAGCAUGAAUACCUCUAUCCUUGCCCCCCAGGGAAAUAUUUCCAGUCCCCUGAAUUUUUCUGAGACAGGCUCCCAAAUUUUGCAGUUUGAAGAUGAGGAUUGCCAUGUGCCUUUGGCCAUGGUCUUCACACUGGCCUUGGCUUAUGGGACUGUGAUAAUCCUGGGGGUCUCUGGGAAUCUGGCCUUGAUUGUCAUUAUUUUAAAGCAGAAGGAGAUGCGCAACGUCACCAACAUCCUCAUUGUCAACCUGUCCUUUUCUGAUCUCCUAGUGACCAUCAUGUGUCUUCCCUUUACUUUUGUGUACACUUUAAUGGACCACUGGAUUUUUGGGGAGGCUAUGUGCAAAUUGAAUCCUUUUGUGCAAUGUGCCUCAAUCACUGUCUCAGUCUUUUCUUUGGUCCUCAUUGCUAUUGAACGCCAUCAGCUAAUCAUCAAUCCCCGUGGCUGGAGGCCGAACAAUAGACAUGCCUACCUGGGCAUUGCUGCCAUAUGGAUUUUAGCCACAGCUUCUUCUUUGCCUUUCCUUAUUUACCACGUGCUAACGGAUGAACCCUUCAGGAACGUAACAUUUGAUGAAUAUAAGGACAAAUAUGUGUGCUUGGACCUUUUCCCCUUGGACACUGCCAGGCUUUCUUACACCACGACGCUUUUGGUGAUUCAGUACUUUGGACCACUUUGUUUUAUAUUUAUUUGCUACUUGAAGAUAUACAUCCGACUGAAAAAAAGGAACAGCAUGAUGGACAAGAUGAGAGACAAUAAGUACAGAUCCUCUGAAACCAAAAGGAUCAACAUCAUGCUGAUCUCAAUAGUGGUCGCAUUUGCAGUCUGCUGGCUGCCUCUCACCAUCUUCAAUAUCGUGUUUGAUUGGAAUCAUGAAAUUCUGCCUGUCACUACCUGCAGCCACAAUCUCUUGUUCCUGAUCUGUCACCUCACUGCCAUGAUCUCUACCUGUGUGAACCCCAUCUUCUAUGGAUUUCUUAAUAAGAACUUCCAGAGGGACCUACAGUUUUUAUUUCAUUUUUGCAAUUUCCGCUCCCGAGAGGAGGAUUAUGAGACCAUAGCCAUGUCCACCAUGCACACAGAUGUUUCAAAAACCUCUUUAAAGCAGGCAAGCCCAGUCGCAUUUAAAAAAAUUAAUAGUGAUGAUGAUGACAAAAUAUAAAGAAGUAGUAAAAAUUCUACACCUGAAAGUGUGAUCACAGCUGAAAUGUGUCCAAGGACAAGCACAAUUACAUAACAAGUGCAAAAUGGGUAAUGUUUUAUUCUUUUUCCCAAGGAACUUUGUUGUCGCUUUGAAAUUAUAUGCUGUGCAUUUUUGCCUCUCAGCAGUUAUAUCUGAAUCUUAUUAUCAGACAUAGCAGGACAUGCUACUACCUAUGGUUUUCAUUGGUGGCUGUCUUUUUUUCUGUUUCUUUUUACAGUUAUGCACUUUAGCACAAAGAUAUAUUUAUUGAUUUAUUUUUAAAGAAGUAGUUACCAGGAGUGUUCAUGUAAGACCUUUAGAAACAAUAUAAACCCCAGGAAGGCUGUCACUACCGAGGACAUCCAUCCCAGCAUAAAAUUUGGACAUCUGAUUGGAAGAGGCCAUCCUUUUCUUCUUUUUUAAUCCAUCUUCAUAUGAAUGUUAAAAUCCUGUAAAAUCAGUGCAGGCAUGCAUAAUAUGAUUCCAUGAAACCUGUAGAAUAUGUUAAAUGGGGACAUGCAGUUGGCUUCAUUCAUGGAGCCCAUUCAGGAUGCAAUCACUUAGGUUCAAAGACAGGACUAAGAGAUAAAUUCUGUUCUCAUUUACAAGCAUAAAACUCUACAGUAAUUCUACAGAGCAUAAUGGGAUAACUCUGCUGUUUCACCACAGCAAAUGAAAGCACAAAUGAGCUUUCAGUCCCAACCGAUUAUAGCUGAUUUUAACAAUACAGGCUUUUUAAUUUAAAAGAUCUAAACACCGUUUUCAUCUGCCGUUACUGAAAGAGUUAGUGUUGCUGGGAUGGAAUGUACUGUCUGUCCCAAGCCUAUGAAUGAUGUAAAUUCUUGAAACCUACAUGAGAUAUCUAAAGGGACAUGGGACUAUUGACUAUCUUGACAAGGUACAGUUCCAUCCUCACAGGGGACAGAGAAAACCAGAUCUGAAUAUGUGUAUAUGUAUUCUUUUAAAAAGCUUUAGCUAUCUGAGUCUUUUCAUAACAAUUACUGCUGAUCUAUGUAAAUUAUGUAUAGCCUCAUAAUACUUUGUGUUGAGAUGUAGUGGUAAAAGGCUGGUUUAAUCAAGAUCUGCAACAUUUUAAAGGAAGACAUUGAUAUAGUUUGGGUGUACAUUUAGCUUCCAAUCUUUCAGUUUCCACAGCUGGUUGAAGUGCAGAGAUAUUUGACAAAUAUUCAUGAUAGAGCUGUCUGUGAUACUGCUUGAAAUAUAUAUCCUCUAAUUACACAAAAUAUACAUGACUAGAUCCUCAGCUGAGGGAAACUCACAUACCUUGACUGCUAUAAAUGAAACUACAACUGAGGUUCCAUGUACUUUGCUGUACAACCAAUGCUUUUUUGAAUAAGUGGCUUUUUAAAAUACAACAUAGAUCCCACUUUCUUUCAAUGAGGUCACUUCAAACUAUUCUGGCAGAGAAUAGAGUCUUUAAAAUGGAUUUAAAUGUAAAUGUAGCAUAAGGGUAAAUCUAAUACAAUAUAUUUCUGAGCAAAAAGUUCACAGGAUGUGAUGGGGAAUUCAAUAUGUUCUAAAUCUGGCAUGGAUAAAUGCCUAAGAAAUGAAAAUUACUUCAUUUGCCAGUAUUUAAAAGUCAAAAACUGCCUUGUGCUGUCUUAUAAGCAGUGUAGAAUAUUAAAGUAGCAAUGUGUCUUUGUGCAGUAUAAUUCUACCUGUUUCUCUACUGGCAGAUAAUUUAAUUAAAAAGGAAGUUUCUAUGGCUGAGGGAAGAAAGGAAUGUAGAAAAUAAAUUAAAAGUAAUAAUUUUCUCUCAGAGCUUUGCCCUUUUGAAUUUUAUGAGAUUUACCUUUUCUUGUGACUCUUUAUGGAGCAUGCUGCUAAUAAUUUGACAAGUCUCCUGAAAUUACCCCCCUGUCACUUUAUGAUAAUGUUCAUAUGCUAAGGAGUGUGUAUUUUCACAGAGAUAUGAUGUAGAAGCCCAGCCAUGGUUUUUUCUAUUAAGAAUCUUACAGUGUUUUUUUUCCCAUCAGAAAAAAAAUACACAAUGAAUUUUAUUUUUUCCCCCAUUCUUUAAUUUAUCUUCUUCCCAGUGGAAGAAAAAAACAAAAUUAUUUGAUGACUUUUCCAGUUAGUUUCCUAGAAAAUUUUGCUCAAGCUACAUCUGGUGUUUAUACAGAGUAGGUGUUGGAGCAGCUUCAGAGGAGACUUCUGGUGCAGAGACCUAAAGCUGAUGUGUCCUAAGAUUUGGAGGUCUCCGCUGGGAUUGGAGCAUAAUUACUCCUUUUCAGCUUUUCUCCUACUUCAGGUAUGGCCUCAGAUCAUUCAGCACAUAUGGUACUGUCUCAUAAUAUCCCCUAAGAAUGCAUGUCAGGUGGUUUUUUUGCCUACCAAUAUCUGACAAACAAGGUGUAGUAUAAGUAAGAGCAUUCCUUUGGCCCAGGAGCCAUUUUGCUGCUGCACUGCUGCCCUAUGAUCGGGAUUCACUUAGAUGUUUCCUCACUUCCCUGCAAGAAACCUUUUGAGCCUCUGCUGGAGAUGCAGUUUGGCACAUUGCCAUACAAACAGCACAGGAGAUGCUGCCUGAAAUGAUUGGAAAUGAACACAGUGUAAAGAGUGUUCAGCAGGAAAAUGUAUUUGGAGAAUUUCAUAAGCAAAAUCAUUGCUCUUCUGAAGAUUUCUUAUGAGGACAAAGACAAGAGUAGUCUCUCUGAGGUGCAGACCUGACAUCUGUGGGGUGUAGAUGAGAUCUAUUGAGAGCAGUAGUUUUGUCUUUGCUUUCGUGAAUUCACAUUGGAGUUCUCAAAAGCUGCUGGAGACUUUCCCCACCUGACAUCUGGUGAUGUGGUUUAAUCUCAGAAGCAACUAAGCACCAUGUGGCCCCUUGCUCACUCCCUCAACAGUAGGAUGGAGAGGAGAAUUAAAAAACAACAAUAGAAAAAGCAAAUCUCAUCAGCUCAGAUAAGAACAGGUUAAUAACUAAAAUAAUAAUAGCAACAACAACAAUAAUAAUAAUGAAUACAGCAAAAAGAGAGAGAAAUAAAUCUCAAGAAAAGGCAAGUAAUGCACAGUGUAAUUGCUCACCACCUACUGACCAAUGCUCAGACGAUCCCAAGCAACAAUCUGCCCUUCCUGGCCAAAGCUUCCCCCCCAGUUUGCUUACUGAGCAUGAUGUCAUAUGGUGCCCUUUGGCUCCUUUGAGUCAGCUGUGCUGGGUGCGUCCUCUCCUAGUUCCCUCUGCGUCUUCAGCCUCCACUGGCAGGGUGAUAUGAGGAGAUGAAAAGCCCUUGACUUAGUAUGAAUACUACUUAGCAACAACUAAACAUUGGUGUGUCAUCAACAUUAUUCUCAAAUAUAAGACUCAGCACUAUACUAGCUGCUAGGAAGAAAAUUAACUUUCUUCCAGACAAACCAGACACAUAGCUACAAGAUUAAUCCUCUUUUUUGACUUUUGAGCUCCAGCAUGGCUUCUCACCUUCUAAAUUCUAAACUUCUUUGCAGGAUGAGCUGUUGAGCUUCAUGUUUAUCAUUUUUCAGUCAUUCUGGUUUGAUAUUUGUUUAUCCUAUGUGGUGUUUUGUCAAACUGCUCAUGCCUCAGUAUAUGUUGGUUUGUAUCUCAAAACUCUAAAGAUCCCUCAUAUUCUUUCAGAAUGGUAGGCAAGUUUUACUGGCAGGAAAACAGAACACUGAUGCAUCUAUAAUGUAUUUGCCGUUUAUCUUGCAGUGCAUUUCAUGUGAAAUACACAACUUUCAAUGAAAAUUGUAACUUUAAUAGCCUUACAUGAAAAAAACAACUAUUUAAUAAACAUUAAUAUAUGCUUCA